UUUGAAAUUUACGUUCAGUUAGAAUUGUGAAUGCUUUCAAUUCACACUGAGUUCGCAAAUUAAACGGAAGCGUGUGUAAAUAAAAAUGACUGGAAACACCGAUGAUUUCAAUGCCGACGAACUACAGGCGCCGGAAUGGGUGAACAAUGAUUUCUUCUUGAAGGUGUUGACGAACUGUGAGCAAAAAMCMAGCAAAAUAGAAAUUGUGAAUGUGAACAUCUCACCAGCUUCCGUGAAGGGUGAUCACUAYGCAAGCAUCAUCUUUCGCGCGCAACUGGAAUAUCGAGUGAAUGGUGUGCACAAAACUAAAUCUGUGGUCUUGAAAACUAUGCCGGAAAGCGAUGGCCAUAAAAAGGAGAUGCUAGGCAAGACGGAUAUUUUUGAAAAGGAAAUAAGCAUGUAUACUAAGAUUCUACCGCGUUUCGAAAAGAUUCUACGCGACGUUGGCGAUAAUACAAUGCUGAAAGUACCGUGUUUAUACAGCGCUUUGACGCCCAAGCAAGUGAUUGUCUUCGAAGACCUAGUGGCCGCCGGUUAUGAGGUGGUGCGCGAUCGAACUCUUACCAUGAACGAAGUGAAAGCGGCCUAUUCUACGUUAGCCAAGUGGCAUGCCAUCAGCUACAAAAUCAAUCUAGAGGAACCACAGUUUUUUGACGAAUUUCAGCGUGGCAUAUUCAGCACGUCGAACUUAGCAGAGCCAUUUAUGUCAACUGGUAUAGAAAAUUUCAUAGAUCUACUGAGAAAAACGCCUUCUUUACAGGCUUAUUUACCAUAUUUUGAGAAAUUGAAGCCCAAACUCUUAGAAAGUUGUCGUCAAAGUUAUGCCGAGUACCGUGAGUCGCCGAAAGAGGGUGCAUGCUAUGUUCUCUGUCAUGGUGAUUUUCAUGACAAAAACUUGAUGUUUAAACAUCACAAGGAAAGCGAUGACAUGGUCAAUGUUAUGCUGUUAGACUUCCAAAUUUGCUACGUGGGUCCGAAUGUGAAUGAUUUGAUAUAUUCCAUCUAUUGUAUGUUGGAUGAGAAGUUACGAUUAGAUUUUCCAGCACUGCUGUACUAUUACUACACCGUUUUCAAAGACACUCUAGCCAGUAUCGGUUUUAAGGGUACUUCACCGUCACUUUUGCAGAUGAGGAAAGAACAUAUGCGUCAUAAAGACUUGGAACUGUUUCUCUUGGUGACAUUUUUGCCCAUGUGGCACGCUCUCAAUGAGAAGGGUAACGUGGAAAAUAUCAUGACAUCCGACGAAUAUCGUCGCUCUAUGUACGAUUCAGUGGAAUACGUAAAGUAUGUGGAGCAUAUUUUACCUCAGUACUUGCAUCUAGGCUAUUUGGAGGAUUAUUUAAAGCUACAUUCGUUUAUCCGCAGAACGCAAACUACGCACAGCGAUCGACAAGUAAACAGUGACUGGCAUUUUAGAGAUAAUAUGGCACCUAAAGCCGAGGAAUACAACGAGGAUGAGCUGCAGCCGCCACAAUGGUUAGAUAGUGCGUUUUUUACGCAAGUGUUGCAGAAUUGUGAGCAAAACGCAAGUGAUGUGGUGUUGAAAAGCUUCAAACUCACUCCAGCCACUGUUAAAGGUGACCACUAUGCCAGCAUAAUGUUUCGUGCAUUGACGGAGUAUCGGUUAGGUGAUGUAGAGAAAAGCAAAUCGAUGAUCAUAAAAACAAUGCCAGAGGUGGAGGGCACCAAAAAAGAUAUGUUGGAGAAAUUUGACAUAUUCGAGAUUGAGAUUGGCAUGUAUACGCAGGUACUGCCACGCUUCGAAAAGCAACUGCGUGAUAUUGGUGAUAACACAACGUUGAAAGCACCUGUACUCUAUCAUGCGUUAUCUCCACACAAACUCAUCGUAUUUGAGGAUAUCGUGCCACUGGGCUACAAUGUAAUGCGCGGACGUUUUGCGAAUGAGGACGAAGUAAAAGCCGCUUACGCCAAACUAGCCAAAUGGCACGCAAUCAGUUACAAAAUAAUAAAAGAGGAACCACACUACUUCGAUGAAUAUCGCCACAGUUUCUUCUCGCAGGACAGUAUUAGGGAAAAUCCAUUCUUCAUGAACGGUACGAAAACGUUUUUGGAAUUUGUGCAAAAAACACCAGAGUUGCAGGAAUAUUUACCAACUUUUGAGAAACUUUUGGAGAAAGUGGAUCUACUCGAUGAGGCUGUUGCUUCCUAUAACGAAUAUCGAGUGGCGCCGGUUGAUAACGCUUACUAUGUGCUCAAUCAUGGUGAUUUCCAUUCGAAAAAUAUGAUGUACAAGCAUAAUCCAGAUACCGGAAAAUUUGAAGACGUUAUGCUCUUGGACUAUCAGUUUUCCCAUGUUGGUCCAAUAACCAGUGAUUUGGUGUACUCCAUAUUCAUGUUGUUAGAUGAUAAGUUGCGUCCACGUACAGCUGAAUUCCUGCAUUACUACUUCACUAUUUUCAAGGAAACUCUUGAGAAAAUAGGAUACGACGGCCCUUUACCGAGACUGGUCAAAUUUCGGGAGCACUUGUUCCGUCACAGAUACACAGAAUUGCUGAUGAUGAUGCUAUUUCUGCCGAUGUGGCCUAAAUUUUGUCGCGGAGAUUUGUCACCAGAUUUGCUGAUAACCGACAAAGAGUACACUCUUAAGAUUUAUGACAAAGAGUACCUCGACGAGCUGCUGCGGAUUAUUCCGAACUAUUUGCAUUUGGGUUAUCUUGAUGUUUAGCUGAAAACUUGAAGUAAGUUUCUUUAAGGUGACAAAGAUGUGAAGCAUUUAAGUGCAAGUUAGCGUUAUUUUUAUAAGUACUGCCAUUGCAGGAGAUGUGAUUCAAGCAAUACAGCUGUUAAAGGGUCAGUGGGCUAAUCUGGCCUGUUUUUUUGACAUUUUUUUUCCAUAGAAAUUUUUAUGCUACAAUAGAACCUUUUCCAUAUAUCAUGAGGUAUAUCGUGGAGUGAGUAAACAAAAUUUUUCGAAAUUUUUUGAUAACAGCUGUCGGAGAAAUGGCUGGGUGAAUGAGAUGCAUUUUUUCACUGGCAUUGAAAUACAAAAACCCAAUUUGUUCUUAAAAACUACAUGAGUGGUUAUCGUCCCUACAAGAAUCAUGAAAAUUGUUGAUGAACAACAAAGUAAUCAACGUUUUUUUUUUUAAUUUUUCUCAAUUUUUGUUUACAAAAAUUUUGUCAUAAUAUUGUCAGUAAAUUAUA